GCCUUAAUAUCUUUAACAAGAAAUUGGCGACCAGACGAAGACUUAAAUCUGCAAAAAAUCGGAUAUUUACUGAUACAAAAUCCAGUUCGGACGAGUGAGUGCGUGGCACACAUUGCAGCGCGCAUCGGACUUUGCGCCGAGAACAAAGGAAAGGACUACCUUUGGAAUUCUAAACGGUGAAAGUGCAGUGCUUCGACGAGUCAGCGGCUCCCAGGGAAGUACUAGUGCCCAUCCUUUUUUCUAUCCUUCCUUUAUCCAUCGAUUUGCGUACUUGCGGGUUUUGAUUUGCAAAUUGCAUUAGAUUAGCUUUAAAUAAGUGCUAUUUACAUAAAUAAAAUUUGCAUAAAUAACAAUUGUUCGCACAAAUUAGCUACUUUCAUAAUCAUAAUAAAGUGCUAUUCCUGGUGAUAUUGCGUUUGAUAGCUAUGAGCACGUUAUUAGCCUAAAAUUGCACUUAAAACUUAAAAUACCGAUUGUUUACGUUCUAAAAUCACUGGCUUCUUACAAUAAAUUAAUAAUUUCACUUAUUUAACUACAACUAAAGCGAGAUAUUUGGCAUAUUCUGCUUAAUCUAAUAGGAUUUACGUACGUGUUACAUAAUUACUUACAUUUCCAGUGUUUACUGCCGUUUAUUUCAUCUAAUUUCUCAUAAAUCAUAAAUAAAUUAAUCGUAAAAUCUCUUCAUUUAAAAUAAUAUUUCUUCGCGUAACCUAAAAGUUGCUGUUGCUUAACAUAUUGGCCGACUAUUCCAGGGAGUACCUACGGCGCAUCGUCGCCGGCUGGCAGGUCACCGCGUGACCUUGUUGACCUUCAUAACUCACGCCGCGCGCCAUCGCCGCUUCUCCGCUGGGAACUCAUACGCUGUUGCUGCGCUGGAACUUCGACUUUGUAACUGUAUCGGUUCCCCGACACGCGCUCUGCGUGGCACCUACUGUCUGCGAGCUACAUUGCUUCGUAGACGCAUCAAAGGACGCCUACGCAGCGUGUGCGUACUUACGCACAGUGAAUCAAACUAAUCAAGUAAACGUAAAACUUCUUUGCGCUAAAACUCGAGUUGCACCUCUUAAAGCCAUCACAAUCCCGCGCCUAGAGCUGUGUGCUGCAGUACUAGGUGCUCGUCUUGUGGCCAAGGUCACCAGUGCUCUCCGGUGCCCUAUUCAUAAAAUCGUGUAUUGGUCUGAUUCUACAAUCACUUUAGCUUGGAUCAAAACUCCAACACAAAACUUAAAACCAUUUAUUUGUAAUAGAGUAAAUGAAAUAACAGACAUGACAGAUAAAAACUCAUGGAGGCACGUACCCACAAAACUUAACCCAGCUGAUUUGGCCUCAAGAGGUGUCGAACCGAGUCAACUCAUUAACUCUAAAUUUUGGUGGGAAGGGCCUGAUUAUUUAAUUCAUGAUAUAUCCCAAUGGCCUGUUACUCCUUACACAGAUAAUAAUAUGAUUUUGCCUGAAAUUAAAACCUUACCAACUAAAACUAACACUGAAAAUAAUGAAAAUAAUGAAACCAUAAAAUUCGAAAAUUAUUCGAGUUCAUUAAAAUUAAAAAGAAUAUUCGGUUAUGUACACAGGUUCAUAAAUAACUGUAAAAAUAAAAAGAAUAGAUCAUUAGGUCCUUUAACAAGUAAUGAACUCGAUAAAUCUCUUACUUACCUAAUAAAACUAGCACAAUCAAUUACAUUUAAAACAGUUAUUAAUAUGAUUAAAAACAAAAAAACACUUACCUCAUCUUACUUGUUGCAGAUGUCUCCUUUUCUCGACAGUGAAGGCGUGCUGAGAGUAGGUGGUCGGCUCAAUAACACGAACUUUAACUUUAAUAAAAAACAUCCAGCCUUAUUGGAUGGAAAACAUUAUUUCACAAGAUUGCUGAUGAGAGCCGAACAUCUGCGCUUGCUGCAUGCAGGCCCUCAACUGCUCCUAGCAACGUUUAGGGAUCAGUUUUGGCCUCUCGGGGGGAGGACGCUUGCACGUAAAGUAACUAGAGAAUGCGUAAUUUGUACUCGAUUUAGAGGCCAAACUAUGGAGCCGUUGAUGGGACACCUGCCUGAGGACAGGGUGACUCAAAAUUAUCCAUUUCAAGUUUCUGGUAUGGAUUUCGCCGGACCACUCCUAAUAUCCAGUAAAAAAGGCCGCGGUAAUCGUAUAUCAAAAUGUUAUUUAUGCCUGUUCAUUUGUUUUUGUACAAAGGCGAUCCAUUUAGAAAUAGUAAGCGACUUAAGUACAAACGCUUUCAUUUCUUGUCUUCGAAGGUUUAUUUCUAGAAGGGGAAAACCUGAUAAAUUAUAUUGUGACAAUGCCACAAAUUUUGUUGGGGCCAAUAAUGAAUUGGGCAGGGCGUUACUAUCAAGCCUGAAGUCAGUGUAUGAGUUCGCAGCGGAGGAGGGCAUUAAGUUUAAUUUUAAUCCCCCGUACUCUCCCACAUUCGGUGGUUUAUGGGAGGCCGGCAUAAAGAGCGCAAAAUAUCACAUGAAACGCAUAGUAGGAAAUGCUAGUCUAACCUACGAGGAGCUGAGCACGCUUUGUACGCAAAUCGAAGCUGUCCUCAACUCCCGACCCUUAACUCCCAUGUCACCCGACUCACACGACCUUUCUCCCUUGACCCCAGGGCAUUUUCUCGUCGGACGGCCGCUAACAUCACUGCCGUCACCUCCAAUGGCUACUACGAAGAAGCUGACAUCCAGAUACCAGCUAAUCGAAGCUUUACGAGAGCACUUUUGGAUAAGAUGGCAUAAUGAAUAUCUAUCCGAACUACAAAAGAGAACCAAAUGGCGAUCUCCUUACACAAGCCUUAAAGAAGGAUCGAUGGUGGUUUUUAAGGAAAAUAAUGUACCGCCUAUGAAGUGGAGACUGGGAAGACUUCACAGACAUUACCCAGGCAAGGACGGGGUCGCGCGCGUUGCUGAUUUCGUGACGUACAGAGGAAUCGAGCGACGAGCUCUGAAUAAAGUAUGCCCCCUGAUGUUAGAAGAGGAUAUGUUGGAGAAAGCCUCGACUUCAACCAUUCCCGUGGUUUCUUCGGCUUCCCCCAAGGCCCCCCAGGAUGUCUACGACGACCGCGAGACGCGGGUUGAGGCGCGGGGAGGGAGCGGCGCGGGAGCCGCUCGCCCCAUUCAGCUACGACAAACGUUCGCGCACACAACGUCAUAAUUGUACUUACUUAAAGUAAAUUACCUAAAGUAAACCAGUAAUCAUCAUAAA